AUGGUUUUAAGAGCAUCCAGUAGUGCUGCUAGCCGACUGAAGAGAGCCAAAUCCACCUCCUCGGUUAAAUCGUACAACAACAGCAUCCCUCCUGUUCCAGAUCUUAUAGACCCUCAGACCGCGCAUUACCAUGCAAUGGCUGCUGCUUCAGUUGCCAUGAAACGCUCCAACCAACGGAGUUCUAUGAAUUUCAGAGAUUCCUGCGACAUAUCUCGCAGCAUUGAUAGCGAGACAGAUGGAGGGUUCUCUCGCGCUUCCAGACCACGGAGCAUCCGUUUCAGCACAAGUGAUAACUCUAGCAAACAUAACCGACAACCCUUCCAGUCUCCAAACUCCGUGAUCUCUCCAAAAUAUAGCGACACAGCCGCCAGAAGCGAUCCUUCUUUUCAUGCUGUCGUCGAAGAACUCACUCCGCGAAUGAGUGAGAUGUCUGGGAGUGAAGACAGUGUUCCAUCGGUUCCAUCGGUUCCAUCGUCAUAUCGCAGGCUCCGCAAAGCCAAAUCCAUGUUUUCGACCCGCAAACAUGCCUUUAUACCAUCGGACUCGUCUUACUCGCCCCAUAGGGCCUAUCACUAUUCUGAUAGCCCCGAAAUGGGUCAUCUUUCACGAGCCACUCUGCGACGAUCCAGAUCAUUCUUUGGAACAGAAACUGCCCAACAGCCACACUCAGAACACAUGAAAAGGUUGCAGAGUCAUAAUGCGGCGGUUCAGCUGGCUCGUGAACAAUAUUUAGAGUUGAAACAACCAAAACAAAGUAAUGGAGCAGAAUCUAUUCUUAGCAAAAGAGGUCGAUACCAAUCGAAACCUUUCAAAAAAUCUCUUCGAUCUUCGACUGACUGGAAUGCCGAAAAUUGCAUUACAUCUGACAGUCGGUCUAUCAAACUUGGCAUCCUUUAUCCAAGUGAAAGAAAUCAGAGUUCAAAAUCUAGGAUUUUUUCGGUCUCUAUCAAAAAUAGCCUGAAGCGUAUAUUUGGACGAAACUCGGUGGCGCAGGUAGAUAUGAAUGCGCCCUCUGAACGGCAACGUAUUCACAGAUUAGGAUUCAGUGAUUUCAUCAGUUCUGACUCAACUGGGACAACGAACUUCGGCAACCGCCCAGCUAGUGUGAGAACAAUGAGAAGCUCAGACAGCUAUGCAUCAAGCUCGCGGGUCACCAGUUGGACAGAUUCAACCACCGUCAGUACGAUGCCGGCUAGAGACGCUGUAUCUGACCAACAUAGGCUUGCCAUUAUUCAAGAAAAUGGUGCUCCACCAGAACCCAUCCCAUCUCCAACGUCUUUCCAUUACAACGACGGAUACUCUGUUUUCAGGAAGCCUUUGUGCACAGAGGGCAACAGUGAUAACUCUUAUGGGGUAGUUGACAGCCAGCGAGUAUACUCUGCCCUAGUGAGACAUAUUGAUGAGUCCCAACACCACAACGAAGGUGAUGUUACUCCUAGAGCCGGAACAAUCCGACGAUCCAUGUACAGCCCAUCAUCGUCAGUCCAUUUGCACCAAAUGAGCAGUACCAUUCGUCACAUACCAAGCGAGGUAUCAAUGAAAACCAUCAGAGCUCUAUCCGUAAGGCGAAGCGAAUCACCAAGCUUACGAAGCCAGAUGUCUGUCAGCUCAAGCUACCGCAGAGAUGCACUUGGUUUCACUCCCCAAGAAGUUGCUCAGCAUAACGAAAACUUGAGUCACCAUCGUUCAAGAGAAUCUUUGCGCGAGUCGAGACCUUACUUUUUCCAAUCUGACUCUAGAGCAAGAUCCGCGUUCCCGAACCCCCUGGUUCCGCCGCUAUUUUCCUCAUAUAAACGAGCGAUGGGUUCGGAAGGUGAUACUGGAAGUGUGAUCAUAUCACGACCCGAUGCCAUGGAGCGAACCCCAAUCUCGCCAAGUGUCUAUUCAAGAACAAGUGGAGAGACUCCGAGAAACAGUGGAAGCCGGAGGGAUUUGAGCUUUUCGGAAUCAAGCGAUGAGCGCGGCACCGUUACUAUCCUCGCCAGUGAGAGGCUGCCAUAUAAGCCUAAGGAAUACGGUGGUUAUGCAAGUUGCGAUAGACCGACCAGGGGUAGUGCUGAUUGGAAAUCGUGGAUUAGUUCGCAAAUGGAUCUUCUUGAUGCCACUCCCAAUAGCCUUACAAUAUCUCAAUACUGCAAGAUCCCUAACACACAUUACCGGGAAAGCACUCAAAUCAACGACGAAAUGUACGACAACAAGGCCGAAGAAUUGCCACCUAAAUUACACGACAGUGAAUCCCCCGAGGAGGAAUCUCCUCAGAGAUCAUCAUCAUCGUCCUGUGCUGACCGGAGGCUCCCGCUAGUGGAAUUAAAAUCGUUUACGCGGAAUAACUUCUCACGGCCACUACGGCUGUCUCCGGAUAUAUCUAUCUCCAUUUCUUACGCGACAGCUCAAAGACCAUCAGUGGUGGCUAGAUCAGAGUCUCCUCGGAGUAUCCAUAUCAAACGCGGCGACGGCGAUUCCGGGCCAAUUACCCCAUCCAGUUCUCUUCCCCGGAGAAGCGUAUCCCGAAGUCCAAGCAAUUCUCCAUUGGUAUACGCGAAGCCCAGGUAUUCCGGCCCCGCUCUAACGCCAGUGACGCCUACAAAAGCUUCAAAGACGGAACGCAGUACUAUGCCUGUUCAAAAUACCACUGAAGAAGGUAGUCUGACCGGCAAAGCAAACGAGGCUAGAAAACUAACGUAUGCCACCAAUUUUAGCUCUGUUCGGAACAAGAGAGAUGAUGGUCGAGUGAACAACGAGAAUUCAAGGGGUGUUAGAAGACCCACGAAGAACGACUUGUCAGCUCUUGGAGACAUCCAUUCGACGAUUAGCAGCAAGCGUAUGGUGGAUAUAUUUUUAAGUCAGAGAAGACGGCAAAUGGGCGUAGCAGAAAACACCACCGAGAACGCUUUUCUCUAG